AUGUCAGGUCAGUCCACUCCGCAGAAGGCUCAGCACCUGGUGGUCCUCGUUCACGGCCUCUGGGGCAAUCCUGGCCAUCUCAACUACAUCGCAAACGCUCUGCGCGAUCGUUACAGCGGGGAAGAGAUCAUAGUCCUGGCUUGCCGCAGAAACCUGGGCAGUCUAACUUAUGACGGCGUGAACGUGGGCGGCGAGCGGGUCGCAAAGGAGAUCGAGGACGCCGUGGAUGAAUUGGAACGCGAUGGACACAAGAUCACACGCUUUUCUGUGGUAGGAUACUCACUGGGAGGGCUUGUUGCCCGCUAUGCCAUUGGAUUGCUCUACCACAAGGGAUACUUUGAGAAGAUGACCCCGGUCAACUUUACCACCUUUGUCAGCCCUCAUCUGGGUGUCCGCACUCCCUUGACCGGAUAUCAGAAUCAUCUGUGGAACGUGCUGGGCGCGAGAAUGUUAUCAACGUCAGGCAGACAGCUAUUCAUGAUCGACAAGUUUCGGAACACAGGCAGGCCGCUGCUGAGCGUCCUCGCCGACCCUGACAGCGUUUUCAUUCAUGCCCUUGCUCGGUUUCAGAAUCGCACACUGUACACCAACAUCGUCAAUGAUCGAUCUGCAGUGUACUACACGACCGGGAUCUCGAGACAUGAUCCUUUCGUCGAUCUAACAAAAGUCAAGCUACGUUAUGUCAAGGGCUACGACCCCGUGAUACUGGAUCCAGACCAUCCAUCUGAUCUAAUUCCUCAGCACGAGGUGCCGUCCUUUUAUCAAAGAUUCCGCACGCAUAGCCACCACUAUCUCCGGCGCGCACCAAUCCUACUGGCGCUGGCGGUCCUUCUUCCCGUCAUCUUGGUGGCAUUUGUGGUCAAUUCCUGCAUCCAGACGUUGCGCAGUCAGCGGAGAAUCAUGCUUCAUGAGGCCGAUCAUCACGGGGAGGGGUUCGGGCUGUACAGAAUCCCAUGGAUGGUCCAGGAUAUGCGUGUUGGUCUCGAGGAUGCUUUCGAGAACGUGAAUGCUGCUCAGGAACAGGAAUAUCUACCGGAGGGCUCGGAGGAGAUAGCAGAUGCAAUCGUAGAGGAUCCCGUCUCGUCUACAAUGGCCUUUGCGAAGACCUCGUCUGAAUCGUUAUUGUCUGAGAAAUCAGACAACGAUGAACCUGUGCCAUCUGAAAGGCUGUCCAAUUUCCCGACCCUAGCAUUGAACACGGCCCAGUUUGCCAUGAUCAAGGCCCUGGAUGAUGUGGGAUUCAAAAAGUAUCCCGUGUACAUCCACAAGAGCACCCACAGUCAUGCAGCAAUCAUUGUGCGUAUUCCGAAACCCGCUUUUGAAGAGGGCAAGCUGGUUGUCAAACACUGGUUGGAGAACGAGUUCCACAUAUAG